AUAUACCUAAUCGGUCCGUUUUUUAUAGUUUUUAAUCAUUUUAAUAAAAAAUAUUGCGAAACGUUUUUUUUUAUUUCAGUUCGCAACAGUAACGGUUUCCGUUCCUAGUCUUAGGAGAUUAACUAAAAUGACUUAUGAUCAGCUAUUUAUAAAUACAGAAAAAAAAAUUGUAUCAAAACAAUCAGUGGGAGAAAAAGAAUUUUAUAGUAAAUUGUGUGUUGCUGCAGGUCUUUCUUUUGUCGUUGAUGAAAGUCUUUCUUUUUACGGUGAUAAAAACGAAUCAAGAGUCGAAGACUUUAACUUGACAGCGAAUGAUAAGUUUUCUCGUAAUAUUGCAACAAUACUUACAAGAGAUAAAGAAGUGGUUGCUGUAAAGUUAAUAGUACUUGCUGAAAAAUGUAUAAUUUUGAUUUCUAAGAAUGGUAAAUGGUAUGGAGAGAUAAUAUUAUAUGAGAAAGAUUGUCUGAAAAAUGUAGCUGAAUAUCCCUUUCAAGGGAUUCAUGAAAUUUAUUAAUUUUAAUAAUAUAAAUGUAGAUAAUCAAAGUUUAUUGUGUAAAUGAGUACAUAUUUUCAAUAAAGCAUAAAAAUUGGCUAUGCAGCAUGAAGCCCACUUAAUACUAAUUUUUUCGUUAUUAACCUCAAUCAAUUUCUAUCUAUGAAGAAAAAAAUCCGCUUCGUGCCACUCAGGAAGCAAUAAGGUUGUAUUUGCCGUAAAAUUGCAACUCCUAAUUUGUGCUUAAUUGACGGUAUAAAUGCAAAAUAACUUAUUUUGACAAAAAGACAGAGUGACAGACUAAUUAUUUUUUAAAAUAAUAAAACAACACAAGAAUAUGAAGCCAAUACCCAAAAGAAAAGUACUGUAGCAAAUAUUUGAUUUAACAUAAUUUUCUAUAUCUCUUAACUUUGUUUCUA